CCCUCAUCCCCCCUCUCUAUAUUCUCUCCCUCUCUAGAAUUGGCGACGCGCAGGGAUUCGCCGAUUUGGGUUGCUUUGAAGCGUUUUCAAGUUUUGAUUCUAUAGUAUAAGAAAGAAUGGAUGAGCAUAUUUUGAAAAGUUUUAAUGGUGGUGGCGAUAAAAAGCAUUAUUUAUCUACUAUGUCUGCCCAAGACAUGUCUCCCAAGGAAGGCUUCGAAACUACCAAUCUUUUCUCUUAUGAUUAUAGAACACAACAUGUUGGUGGUAAUACUUGUCGCGGGUUGUUGUAUUUCAAUUUUGAUGACCAAAUUGUUCUUUGCAACUUAAGAACUAAAGAGCUGAAAUUUGUUGCUCCGCCCAAGAAACCCAUUCCAUCUCACACCUGGUUCAAUGGUUGUGGUCUCGGAUACGAUUCUAAAUCUGGCGACUACAAGUUGAUACGAAACUAUUAUCGAUGGUCCUGCUGCAAUGGAGGAGACGAUGAAGAUGAAGAUAGUGAAUAUUUUUAUCAACAUCGUUGUGGUCCUCACGAGGAAAAAACUGAGUUGUAUUCGCUUAAAAGUGAUUCUUGGAAGGAGAUUCCAACUCCUGAUGCUUAUAUUGACCUCAUUCACAUGUGUGGUGUGUAUGUAGAGGUGAGUUGUUAUUGGCCAGCACGACAAGGUUCGGCCUUUGGUGGUCGACGAUCACGUGAAGACGUAUGUGAUAUUCUAUCAUUUGACUUUACUGAUGAAAGUUUCUCUUGGAUUCCUUCACCGAUUAGUGAUUAUAGGUUUCAAUAUGAUCUUGUCGAGUGUCGUGGGUUUUUGGGUGCUAUUGCGUAUGAAAAUACCUAUGGAAGUCCCAAGUGUGGAGUCAAUUCUUUUGAGCUUUGGGUAAGGAAAGAAAGGUCGUGGGCCAAAUCAUUUGUUGUUGCUGUUUAUGGUAUUGAAAAACCGUUGGGAUUGAAAGAUGGUCGUUUUCUUUUUCUUCAAAGAAAAGGAGUAGAUCAGUUACUAGUUUAUGAUUAUAUUACGAAAGAGAUGAAGAAACCAGAUAUUGAUGCUCGUGCACAAAAUGUGGAAGUUGUUUCUUAUGUUGAGAACAAAGUUGUGCUAGUUUAUGAUCUGAUGAUCACAGAAGAAAAGAUGAUGAAGGUUCUUUCUUAUGUUGAGAAUAGUGCUAUGCUGCCGAAUGAUGCAAAAACCCCACAAAAUGCUGAAGAAUCGGUCCUAGAAAUUUCUCAAAACCCUCAAAAAUCGAAAUCACUGAGGGUGGAGAUCCAUAAAGAAAUCACCGAAGAAAUACUGUCAAGACUGCCGGUGAAAUCACUCCUAAGAUUCAGGUGUGUUUCGACAUCAUGGCGAUCUCUGAUCGACAGCAAACGAUUCAUCAAAACCCACCUUCAAAAUUCGGCAAGAAACCCUAGUUUAGCCCACCACAAGGUUUUGUUGCACAAUAAAUCUAUCUCUAAAAAAGUGCCAACGCUGAUGCGACGGCCUGUACUCGAUAGCUCAGAAGAUGAAGCUCUAGAACUGGAAUUCCCAAUCGAUUUUAAUUGUAUUGUGGGUUGCUGCAAUGGACUGGUUUGCCUUGUAGGGUAUAAACAGUUUGUGUUGUGGAACCCAUCUACCGGAAUCUCCAAGAAAUUGAAGAGAGAGGUGUUGGGGGCGGUGGAGUUGCCGGAGAGCCGGGAGGGCCGCUGGUGGGAGGGUAUUGGGGUGAUCGGAGAAUGCCUUUCGCUAUACAACGGGUGUGAGGAUUCGAGUUAUUUGGAGAUUUGGAUGAAGAAGGAGUCUUGGGAGAAAGUGGUGGUUCUUGAUCAGAAAUGUAAUCCUCUCCAUAUUUCUCCGGCCUUGGCUCCUUUCUGGGGUGGUGGGUUUUUGUUGAUCAAGAUUGGGAAUUUCUUGGUUUUUGAUGGGAAAGGGUUUAGGAAGGUGGUUUCGUUGAAAGAUUCCGAUGUCUACAUUGAAAGUUUAAUCUCACCAUUAGAUGCCUAG